ACCCUUUGUCCCAGUAAAGGUCUCUACCCUAUCUGUCUCCGUAAUCAGUCCUUCUCUAACUGACGUUGGGCACGGAUAGGUCAGGCCGGAGCCCAAGAACUAUAAAAGAGCCUCUAGGAUGUCGAAGGACCCCAGAAUCGUCCAGACCGAGAGAAGAGCUCUGGCUACUUUCACCAUCAUGUCUAAAGAAUUGGCGCUGACUCUGGGUCUGCUGGCGGUGCUGGCAGGCUGGGCGCAGGCCACCGAGGGCCAUUCCAUCUACGGGGUGAAGCUAUGCGGGAGGGAAUUCAUCCGCGCUGUCAUCUUCACCUGCGGAGGGUCACGCUGGAGGAGAUCCGUAGGGACGCUAGGUGAUUCCGACGACCUCCCCUCCGCUCACGACGACGAGACCUUCGACGCCUGGAGCUCCAACUCCAACCUGAUCCCUCACCGUUCCUAUAAACCCCAGGUCGACCUAGAGCAAGACGGCGAGGGUCCGGACAGCUCGGCGUUCGUCCGUCCGGCGCGCUCGCUCAUCUCGGACGAAGUGCUCGAGGCCCUGCGCACCUCGGACCGGAAGGGCAGGGACGUGGUGGUGGGAUUGUCCAACGCCUGCUGCAAAUGGGGCUGCAGCAAGAGCGAGAUCAGCUCCCUCUGCUGAAACUUGGACUUUACUGUACCCCCCCCCCAAAUAGUGCCAGUCUUGGUUUCCCUCGUAUGAGACAGUAAUGUCUUGACGUUGGGCGUCGGAGGGUUGGUAAACCUCGUUUGAAUGUAUGAAAAUGUGUGUAAGGGUUGGCUGGGAAAGCGUUCUAACCUGUUCUGGUGUACCACGUACUGAAAUAAAGUCUUGU